AUGACUAUCGAUAAUAUCUUAUCUACGACUGGCACAGGACGGCUGAGUGACAACGAUCGCUUGCAGUUAUGCCAAUGGAACCAAUUCGUCCCGCCAGCUGUGCACCGCUGCGUGCACCAGAUGAUCCACGAGCGUAGUCUGCUUCAGGCCGAUGCGAUCGCAGUGUGGGCUUGGGACGGAAUCUGGUCCUACCGGCAAUUGGACGAAAUUUCGACCAAAUUUGCACACCUGUUGGUCAACAAGCACAAUGUUCAACCGGAGACCUUCAUUCUCAUAUGUGCGGAAAAGUCUCGCUGGACCCCAGUGGCCAUGCUGGCCGUCAUCAAGGCUGGGGGUGCCUUUGUCUUAGUCGACCCGAUCCAUCCGCCCCAGAGAUUAAAGCAGAUGUCGGACCAAGUUGCGGCUCCACUGGCCUUGGAGUCGGCUUCGUGUGUCUCGCUGGCGCCCAACAUAGUACCCAAAUGGCUCGUCAUUGAGGAAGCCUACUCCCGAUUAAAAGAGAAGGACCAUUCCCUCCCGAUGGUCCCAGUCAGCCCGUUCCAUGCUCUGUAUGUCGUUUUCACCUCCGGGUCUACUGGAAAGCCCAAGGGUGCUGUCAUGACACACUCAGGGUACGCAUCGAGCGCAUGCCAUAUUUCAGCCCCGAUACAACUGAGCCCCGAAUCGCGUGUCCUGCAAUUCGCGUCAUAUGCGUUCGAUGUUUCCGUUUCCGACCACUUGCUAACCUUGCUGGCCGGCGGCUGCAUUUGUAUUCCUUCUCCCACCGAGAGAGACCUGGCCACAGCAAUAAAUAAGAUGCAGGUCAAUUGGGCCUGUCUUACCCCUUCUGUGGCCCGAACCAUUCGGCCAGCACGAGUCCCAGGUCUCCAACACCUGGUGUUGGCUGGAGAAGCUGUCACCCAGAUUGACUUGGGCCUAUGGGCUCCGACAUCUGCUGAUUUAAUCAACAUGUAUGGACCCGCCGAACAUGCGAUUGGCGUCACCGUUCAGGGGGCAAUGGGCGCGACAGCAACCCCGGGCUGCAUUGGCAAAGCUCAUGCUGCCGUAUGCUGGAUAGUCGACCCCGAAGACCACGAUCAGCUGGUUCCCGUGGGAGAGGUGGGUGAGCUGUUGGUCCAGGGCCCUGCCUUGAGUCGAGGUUACAUCAACGACCCAGUCCACACAACGGCCGCAUUUAUCGAGGCACCUAAGUGGCUAUCUCGAGGGAACAAGACAGCAUCAAUGUACAAGACUGGAGACUUGGACAUGAUGGCCAAAGUGCGAGGCCAACGUGUCGAGCUGGGAGAGGUCGAGCACCAUUUGCUCAAGUGCUGCCCAGAAGCUGACGAAGUCAUAGCUGAGGUCGUAUCAACAAACUCGUCGACCCAGCUUGUAGUCUUUCUCUAUGCCCCAAAAAUGAAUGAGAAUACCUCAAAGGCCUCAAGCGAUCAGCAUCUGUUUCAUCCCCCCAGUGCUAAGUUUCAGGAGCAGUCACACAGCAUUUUGUCAGCUCUGGAGCAGCUAGUUCCAUGCUAUAUGGUGCCCUCCGCAAUUUUCCGCAUUACUCAUAUUCCACUCACCAAGACGGGCAAGACUGAUCAUCGACUGUUGAAAGAACAGUACCACCAGUUGCUACAGCAGCAAUGUAAGAUAGAUAAACCGGCCCUUAACAAGGCAGUGAUUACGCCCCGGGAGGAAAAACUUCAGUGUCUUUGGGCUGAAGUGCUCAAUAUUCCUCCAGAGUCUAUUGGGCGCGACGAUGACUGGCUCGCACUGGGCGGAGACUCUCUCAUGGCCAUGAUGCUCGUUUCUCGAGCUCGGGAUACUGGACUCAUUAUGACCAUGCAUGAUGUCUUCCGUCAUCUGAGGCUGAGCGACUUAGCCGCCAGUGUCGGCAAAGUUCCCUGCAGCCUCGAGGAAGUGCAGGCUCCAUUUUCGCUGUUGCCAGAUGCUCCCGACGUGCGGCAGGCCAUCCUUCAGACAGCGUCAAAGCGGGGUGGGUCAGAAGUCGAAGAUAUCUAUCCCUGCCUGGAGUUUCAAUCGUGGUUCUGUCGGUUGAGCAUGACAAUGGAGAACAACUGGACCGCAGAGGUGGAAGUCAUCCUUUCACCUGAGCUUUCAGAGGAACGCCUGGCUCAUGCGUGGAUGACCGUGGUACAGGCGCAUCCUAUGCUGCGGACACAUAUCGUCUGGCUUAAGGAGAGCGGUCCGUUCUGGCAAGUGGUAAGGAAAGAGGGACUCCCAAUGGAAAUCGUCACUGCCGACCAGGGGCCACCUCGGAGGAAGAACAUCUGGGGAUUCAAUCAGCCCCUGGCGCGGUUGUACAAGCAGCAAAACACCCUCAGGCUGUUGUUUCACCACACAGGGUGGGAUCUACAGGCGAUCAGUGUGGUUUUCCAGCAGCUAGGCCGGGCGUACGACGGUCAAACCCUCCCCUUCCGACUUGUGUCGCCGCUUGUCCAAUGGGCACUCCGGCCCAGUGAUGCUGGAAAGGGGUUCUGGAGACGCCGUCUGGCAGGGCUGCAAGCCCCAGAAUUCCCUUCUCUUCCAGCUAAGGAUUACGUCCCCCGGGCAACAGCCGUUUCCCAGAACUACCCCGUGCGUCUGUCAAAGCGCUCGGAGCGAUUCACUGUUGAUAGUCGGCUGCGUUUAGCACUGGCAAUUGUUAUUUCCAAGGCCACAAACGCGCCCCAUGUCCUCUUUGGGGCUGCCGUGGCUCGACGCGGCGCUCCCGUUCCAUGUCCUUUGGAGAUAGUGGCUCCGUUCACGAUCAUGCAGCCAGUUCCUGUACGUCUGGAUAUGAGACAUACCCUUCGCGAGGCUCUGCAGGCUGUCCAAGAUCACUCCCUCGAAGCCAUGAACUACCCAAAGGCCGACCGCACUUUUUUCCGUGGGCUUGGUCCUGAAAUCGCCACAACCGCCUGUGACUAUCAUACCCUCAUCGAACUGCAGCCCUCGACGUCCACUUCGGUUCCACAUAUGUUCGCUGAGCAUACAUUGCAUGACCAUGGGGUCUGCAACUUUGCUUUACUUUUGGAGUGUGAAUACCUCAACGAUUAUACUAACGUCGUGGCUAAGUACGAUGAGCAAGUCAUGUCCGCCUCCCAGGUUAAUCGGCUGCUGGAGCAGCUUGUGUACGUGGCUGAGCUUACUGAGAGUGCUGUGGACACUAGUAUAGGCUCUAUUGUCCUGCCCUGA